AUGAAUCAAGCUUUAAAUGUUAGUAAAUCUGUUUUAGAGGCUCUUUCUAAACACUCAAUUAUCCCUGAUGUGUUUCCCAAUACAAAUAGUUCUUUACUACCAAAAACUUUGUUAAGUGUAGAAUAUCCUGGUGGAUUGACCGUUGCUAUGGGUAAUAUUUUACCAAUUGACAAGACUCAAAGUGCUCCAAAAUUUCAGCUUUUAUCCCUUUCCAACAAUGAUUCUACCGUUAUUGACACUAGCUCUAAAUACACUUUGGUUUUAACUGAUCCAGAUGCCCCUUCCAGAACAGAAAAAAAAUGGAGUGAGUACUGUCAUUGGAUUGUCACAGAUUUAAUUGCUGAGCACGGCGGUGCUGGUGGUAAUGAUUUAGUUACCAUCAACAGUAAUGACAAAAAUGCUAAGACUAUUAUUGAUUAUUUAGGACCUGCUCCACCAAGGGGGACUGGGUCUCACAGAUAUAUUUUCUGUUUGUUCAAAGGAGUUCCUACUAAAUACAACCCAAGUAGUGAUAACAAAAGAGCUAAUUGGGGUUAUGGAACUCCAGCUACAGGGGUUGAAAAGUGGUCUAAGGAUAAUGGAUUGGAAUUGGUUGGUGUCAAUUUUUUCUUUGCAGAAAAUAAAUAG